GGAAGGCGGGAUCUGAAAGACGGAGGGGGAGGAGAAAUGGGAAAGAGAAAGAGGAGUGUUCAGGGAAAUGAAUUAAAGAGAGAGAGCGGGACUGCGUGUGUGUGUGUGUGUUGGCGUGUGUGUGUGAAGCAUACUCGCUCAGUAAUGCACUGUGAACAGGGACGAAUGAGACGCCGAGUCACACACACACUCACUCACCCCUUCACAUGCCUCUGUCACACACCUUCACCUUGUGCCACCGCUCCAUCUACACGUGCGCAUUCAGAGAGGUUGCCCCCCGAUCACUGACUCCUCUCCACACAUUCAUGGACACCCCUGCGCCCCGACCGGACCGGACCACUGUCCCCCUCCAGCGGAGACACGCGCAUGAGACGCGCAAGUGAUCAGAGGGGUGAUGCCAGGGGAGCUAGAGAGAGAGCCUGGAAUCAAGGCACGCUCCAUUCAUCAAGGACCGCGUCCCUUGACAAGCUUGCAGACCUGAUAACACGGGCCGGACGGGAGUGCUUCUUCUGACUCGUCUUGCUCCGACGCGGUCACGGAUGGAGAAAUUUCACUGGUGAAGGACAGAAGGUGAAGGGGCUGAAAUCUGGACUGAUUUGUGUUUGGGCUCAUGAUGUGGCGGAUGGUUCGGUGUCCUUUUGGACUUGGUUGAGCUGAACUUGGCCGGAGCCGGGAAUGCUCUCGGGGGAAUUGGAAAUGGCUCGUCCCAGCAGAAGAUCGGUGACUUCAAACCAAAAAAAUCAUCUAUUUCUUCACCUUCUUCACCUGCUUUCAUCGAAUCUCUACGGGAUUUUGAAGUAGCCACCCUUGUUUUCACAUCUUCCUCCUUAUUUCUUUGGACCGUCCUGAAUCGGAACCACCCCAACGUCUUCGUCCAAUCUGCAGCUUUCCCCUCAGCGGUGCUUCAACGUGCUGGGUGAGCGGGCGGUGGGGGUCGCCCGAGGAACCCCUGGACCCCUGGGCGCCACCGAGCCGCCAAAGGCCGGCGAAGAGGGGUAAGGCUCGGCACUGGGAAGAUGGCCGCUCUCGCCAGCUCCCUCAUUCGCCAGCGAAGGGAGGUCAAGGACCCCCAAGCAAACCGGCAGAUUGCCAGCAAGCGCAAGCCGUGCCCAAAGAGCAACAAGUCGCUCUGCCAGAAACAAAUCCUCAUAUUGAUAUCGAAAGUUCGACUAUGUGGCAGUCGAGGGAGAAAAAUGGAAAAAAGACCGGAGCCCCAGCUGAAGGGCAUCGUCACACGACUCUACUGCAGACACGGAUUCUACCUCCAGAUGCUGCCGGAUGGCACCAUGGAAGGCACAAAGGACGAAAGCAGCUCCUUUUUGCAGUUCAACUUGAUUCCUGUGGGACUCAGGAUAGUGGCCAUCCAGAGCACCAAGACGGGGCUCUACGUCGCCAUGAACAGCGAGGGCUACCUCUACACAUCGGAACACUUCACGCCGGAGUGCAAGUUUAAGGAGUGCGUCUUCGAGAACUACUACGUCACAUACUCGUCCAUCCUGUACCGGCAGACCCAGUCGGGGCGAGCCUGGUACAUCGGCAUCAACCGGGACGGUCAGGUCAUGAAGGGAAACCGUGUCAAGAAGACUAAGGGUGCUGCUCACUUCCUGCCCAAACUCAUCGAAGUGGCGAUGUACAGGGAGCCGUCCUUACACGACGUCGCCGAACAGAGUCCGCCCAGAAAAACGCCGAAGACCUCCAGUGACUCACCCGUGCUUAACAACGGCAAGAAAGAAGCUCAGUCCAAAACCAAAACCUCCUCCUCCUAGCACCGAGAGACGCGGCGCAGAGGACAGGCUGGACGACGCCGGGCGGCGCUCACCAGCGGACAGCAAACCUUGACUCGGGAUGUGGACCUGAAACGUCCGGGUGUUCAAAGGUCCAUGCAGGGGGAUGCUGGGAAAGGGGAAGACCCCUUUUGUCUUCUACCACACCAGCCCUCCACCUUCUUGCCCUCAACGGUCAUCUGAACCUGGGGUGUAAUAGCAAUAACUCAGUGUAGAGCUGAACAGUGGCCUAGUGUUUUAAAGCAUGUCACCACAGCCUGUCUCACCAGCUGGAAGGACGCCCUCCAGCCGUCACGCCAGCGAGAAACCCUCCGGUCAACCAAAUAUCCCAGCAAGGUCUUCCUGGUUCCACCGCGACGGGUGCAACGAGAAAAUCUGUCCCCCCGCAGCACAUUCUUCACAAAUGGGUUUUUAUCUCCCUGCAGGGUUUUCUGCUAAUGUUAGCUUGACACAAAGCCAUGUUAAUGUGAGGCUGUCACACUGUUUCAGUUCUGCGGCCAUCUGCUGCGUCCACAUCUUCUGUUUGCGUCAGCAACUUUCAAAGAUGGCCUGAAGUCUCGUCAGGCGAGUGUGUGUGAAUGUCUGUGAGGGGGCGUGUGUGUGUGUGUGUGUGUAUGUAUAUAUCGCAGUGUUUUCUGUUCUUUUUCACUCACCUUUGGCACAAUUUGAUUAGUUUGUGACAUGGACUCAAUUUUCCACUCUGCGGCACAAUAAAACUCCCUCCCGUCCCUCUGGCUCUGCUAAUGGAGUCAGAGGCUGAUCAGAAUCUUUCGACCCUUAAACAAGCAGCCAAUCACUCCCUCGACACACUCCGUAACCACACACACACACACACACACACUCAUAUGUAUUCUGUUGUACUUACAGAUGAAAAUGAUCUCAUGACCAUUACGAUGACAUGCAUUCACUCAGUGGCAGCAGGUGUGAGGUGAUGGAAGACAUAAUGAGUCGUAAUGGAGCCGUUGUGAUUGCAUUGCAAUGGCGUUUCUUUUGCACAAACCCUCCAGGGCAACAUAGCAUCUGCAUGUCAUUGCUGCCAAACUAAAUAUGCUGAUUUUUUAUUUUUUUACGAAUCUAAACUGCGCUACAAACGCGUGUUGAGCUGCAUAUGCAGAUUAUCGAACACACUGUCAAAAGGUCAAGCAUUUUGUUGACCAUGCUCACGUUACUGAGCAUGUUGGAGUCGGUUCAACUCCAGUUUUAUGGAUAUUUAAGCCCCACAUCGGUCAGUUAGCGUCCAUGAGAACGAGAUGCUGAUGUUUGAUUAUGUUGGUGAUGAGAAAAAUGGCAAUUCAUGCAGCUAUGCAGACGGUUUCUUUUUAUUGAAUAGUUUAAGUUUAAGACAGAAACAUCAAGCGUAAAUAAUUUGAU